UUUCGUCGGCCAUCCGCCAUCGGGCAUCGCUAAUCGGUGUCAGCUGGCGCCGCAGAAGAGUUUCGGAGAAGUUGGGCAUCGUCGAUGCGUAGCGUUGUACAGUUCGUUUAUGGCGAUAGAUGCGGAAGGUAUCAGGGAUCUGAAAACAUCAUAGCAAUCUUUAGUCAGAGAUAAAAGGUUCAAGAUGAGUGCCGGAAUGCCGGAACUUGGUUCCAAGAUCAGCUUAAUAUCGAAAGCAGAUAUUCGUUAUGAAGGCCGAUUAUUUACCGUUGAUCCCCAGGAAUGCACGAUCGCCUUAGCCAACGUUCGUUCCUUUGGCACGGAAGAUCGUGAGACGCAGUUUCCAGUUGCACCUCAAAACCAGGUGUACGAGUAUAUUCUGUUCAGAGGAUCAGAUAUCAAGGAUAUCAGGGUCGUCAACAAUGUCAGCACUAUUCCAAACGAUCCAGCCAUUGUCCAGAUGACAGUUCAGCCUAACCUGGGUCAGCCGCCAUAUCAGCCGCAGCCAGGUUUCAAUCAUCCGAUGAUGGGUCAGAUGGGACCCAUGGGAGGGCAGUACGGAGGUGGAUACGCAAUGGGAGGAAUGGGCCCAAUGGGCGGUAUGGGUCCGGUAAUGGGUCUUCCUGCAGCUGCCAGGGAUCCUCGAGUCGCUAUGAACAAACAACCAAGUGAGUUGGGCCUGGGCUCCACCGAAUCACCCAACGUGCUCAUCUCGACCCCAAUCUCGAUAGCACCGGGCAACGUUGAUCAAAUUCAAAAAGACCAAUCUUUGGAAGAUGGUGUUUUAGACUUAAUUAGCGGAGGCUCUCGCUCCACUACCCCUACUUCUUCCUUGAUGACUAGGAAAAGCCCCACCAUGGAUCAGGGUACCCAAAUCGGACAUCAACAACAGCGAUCAAGCAACGCCAAUGCCCAUAAAUCUGUCAACGACAAACCCAAUGCCAGAACCAUACAACCACCUUAUCGCGAUCGUGAGAGUCAUGGCAGCGGGCGAACAGGUAGUGGGAUGUCGCAGUACAGUGAUGGGAAGCGUGAUAAUCGCGAUAAGCAAGAUGCGAACCAGUUGCAAGGACAAGGCCACCCUCAGGGUCAAAAUCAUAACGCUGCAGGGCACCCGCAGGCGGCUCGUGGUAAUCGUGGUGGUUGGGUCGCCAGGGGUAAUAUUCGUGGACGAGGAAGAGGACGCGGAGCUGGUAACUUCAGGCCGGUCCAACCAGGAAGCAUAAACAACAAGCCCAAAAAUACUUUGAAGUUUGAAAAUGACUACGACUUUGAACAGGCUAAUACAGAAUUCGAGGGCAUAAGAUCCCAACUGGCUAAAACCAAAAUCGACAACGGUACGGACAAUGAGAAGAAGGAUGACAGUGGUAAUGAAACUGGGGCAGGUGAGGGAGAGCCUGAAGAAGAAACUGACGUGGUACACUACGAUAAGUCAAAGUCUUUCUUCGACAACAUCAGUUGCGAAGCUGUCGAGAGGAGUAAAGGAUCCCAACGCACAGAUUGGCGAACGGAGCGUAAAUUAAAUUCUGAAACUUUUGGUGUCGCUUCGACGAGGCGCGGCGGGUUCCGUGGACGUGGUUAUUACAAUCGUGGAAUGGGUGGUGGUAUGUAUCGUGGAAACAACGGGUACCGCGGAGGAUACAGGGGUGGAAGCAGAGGAGGAAAUCGCCAGCCAAGUAACAAUCAACAACAGCAACAGCAGCAACAACAGCCGCAGCAGCAACAGCAGCAACAACAAAAAGUUAUAACAAACCACAAUCAGAGUCGUCCGAACAACCAACCUAAUCAAUCGACGGUUUCUUCUCAAAACAGUGUCGUUACAGGAACGGCAUAAAUAAACUUAUGACCAUCAGACGCGCUGUUAUAAGUAUUUUCUAGUAAGUAAGAUUUUUACAAUAAUUGCUGCGAUUAUAAACUAUAAGAAUCGAGUUCUGGCAAAAAACAAAAACUUUCAGGAUGUAAGGAAUCAGAUUUACCUAAUUAAUAUUUUAGUGUAUAGUAACGACUAUCCAUAGAGGACUAUACACAAUAAUUAUGUAUAACCUCUUCAAAGUCUGAGACCUAAAAUUAAUACAAAUGUUUUAUAUGUCUGUUAGGAAUCGACCAUUUUUCAAGGCAUUCGAAUUUUUUUCUUUUUUUUUUCUCUUUUUCCUUUCUCCAACAGCGUUAUCAGUUAGCGUUGUUGAGAUGAUUUCAUUUUCUGGUUCUCAUCAUUUGAACAGCAAACGACCGAUCGAUAUUUCGAUGGAAUCGAACCUGAGCAAAGAGAUGUUAAAAUUCGCCCACACCAAAACAAAGAGAAGCAAAGAAAAAAUUUCUAUCAGAUAUUAAUCAUAUUGAUUGACAAUUAUUAGUUAGAUACUUUAAUUCUGCCAGUUGAAAACAAAGAAAAGAAACAUAACACUAAGAAAUCAUAAAACAAAAUUAGAGAAAGAAAACGAGAUGAAAAAAAAAUAUAUGUUUAUAUAUUUUCUAUUCUGAUUAUGCAAAGUGACCGAUUGAUGGUUACUUCGCAAAAGUGGAUUGAGUAACUUCGAUUGAUUAUCCUGAGUGAUUUUAAAUGGUCAAUAAAAACGAAAACGAAAAAAUAAAAGAAAAAAAAAAUAAUUAAUUAAUAAAAACAAGUUGGAAUUAAGAUUGUUUGUAUGUAAGUAAAGACAAAACGAAACGAAAAAGAAGGAUGAUAGAUAACAAUGUGUAAAAGAUCAAGGGAAAAAGUAAGAGGCUUCGCAACUCCAGUUUUUGAUCAAGCAACUUAAUAUUAUGAAAAAUAUGGAAUGGGUAACAAUAACGAUGGUGGUCUAAUGCUGGACAUUCUUUGGUAUAGUUGGUUUGUAUCCGCACGACGGAAGCGACGGAAUAUUUUAUUGCACGUAAAACUCGAUGGGGUUUUAAUAACGUUUACAGAAGGAGAAAAAAAAAUAAAAUACAAGAUAAUAAAAAUAAUAAUUAUAAUGAAUGAAAAAAAAUAUGGAAUGAUGAUAAUAAUAAUAACAACCACAAAAACAACAACAACAAUAAUAAUAAUAAUAAUAAUAAUAAAUAAUAUAGUAUAAUGUAACGUCAACUACACAUAACAUACGAAACUACGAAGUCUCAAGGAUUCACGUAUCUAUGAUUUCCGAACAGUGGUAUAGAUAAUAAUAAUUUACGUGCGUAACUUGAUUAGGUUUAAGCAGACAUUUUGUUUGGUUUCCCUCCCUUGAAUUAACGGAAUUAAUGUUAUUUUUUGUUCAAUUUUUUUUUAAUUUCUUCUUCACAAAAUUGAUUUUUUAUCUUUGUUUCCAAAAUGUACAUUCAAAUUAACUUUAUUUUAUUUACACUUUUUUUUUCUCCUCUCGGUUAUGACUAAAGCGUUACAAAGUAUAAGUGAAAGAAAAGAAUUAAAAAAAACGCAUACGAACAAAAAGAAAAAACAUACAAAUACGAAAUACAAAGAAUUGAAUUGAAUUGAAUUGAAUUGAAUUAAAUUAAAUUAAAUUAAUAAUAUGACAAGGGAGGAAAAUUUAAGGUGUUCUCAAAGACCACGUGAAAUGUGAAAACUUUGAAAUUCUUGAAUAACGUAAAGAAAACUAGUGAAUUAUAAAUAAAAUUUAUAUUUACGCGAAGGAGCUCGUAAGGUAUAAAUGUAAGCCUGUCGUGCACUAUACAUGCGUAAUGCAAGUUGCUAUACUUUGGUGUCGCAGAAAUUGUUUGAUUUUAUUUUUAUUUUCCCUGGUGUUUGUUUUUUUUUUUUCGUGUUUUUUUUCAUCACCGGUAGAAAUUGAGCUGCGACAAAGGACUAAUUUGUACAUUGUAUACAUGUAUAUAAUAUAGGUGUUUCGUAUUACAUAUUCUAUGAAUUUAAUAUGGCUAGAUCAGAAGACUUACUUUUGAUUUUCAUUCGACCGUACUUUAUUCAAGUCAAAUUAUUGACACGAAGACUCAUCGUUGUCUUGUAGCAAAGAAAAUUAUACCUAUGUCAUUUAUAAAUAUUAUACGGAUAUGUAUGUGGAAAUGAAUAAAUAAUUGAGGAUUUUUUUUUUUAUGCAUGCUGUUUUUGAGGAAUAAUUAAAAAUAAAUUUUUCUAAUCAUGGAUUGUGAAAACUGAUAUUGUUCUAGCCUUGUAAAGUUCAUAGUUUAUGGUUCGUACAACAUCGUAUCUCGUCGGCAGCAUCUUGGAUAUAAAUCUAUAUUGAUGUGAAUGUAAAUUUACGUUUAUAUUGUGUGGGCCAUCGGUAGUGAGACGAUAAAAAUAAAAUAAUCAUCAUUUAUAAAUACGUAAUUAAAUCGAGCGGCGCAUCCCAGUUCAGAAGGGGUGGUUAGAGGUGUUAGCAAAUGCAGUUUAAUUUAUUUUAAAAUGACCGUGAGUACUAGAUUGAAAAUAAAUUUCUUUUAAUUUUAUUAUAUUAAUAUUGUAAUUAUCAGUGAUUUUUUGUAUCAUCGAGACUGCGGGUAGAAUUAAUAUUUUUUGAGAAUCGCUCGCUUAACUUUUAAACAAAAAAAUAAAUCAUUCGCGAAUACCUGGUUCAGAAGAGAUCACGAUGAUAAUAGGUAGUUUUGCGAGUGAUUUUCUUAAGGUAUAUAAUUAUAUUUGGCAUAAUUCAUGGCACGCGAAUUAUGGAAGAGUAAGCCGAACACACGAAUGAUGAAAUGAAAUCUUUACGACCAUCGAAAGAAACUCUAAUCGGCUGUUAUUUUUGUACAUGGCUCUCAAUAAUUUUGAAGGAGCAUCUUAUUUCUCUAGAUGCUUAGAUUUUUCGAUACAUAAUAAUAAAACAAAAAAAAAACCCAAUCUUUGAAUAUCGAGAAGAGAGAAACAUGGAAACAAAAAAUAGAAUAAAACAAACAUAUUUUUAAGUUCAUCCAUUAAUGCAGUGUUCUGACAAUGAAUGUUUUGGUUUUGUACAGUGGAUAUUGUGAUUCCCGAUACUGAAUAAUGAAACGAAACGAAACGAAACGAAAUGAAAUGAAAUGAAAUAAUAAUCCAUCGUUAAAUCUCUGAAAGUUAAUUUAUUUUUUUCAACUGUAAGCUUCCUCCUUGUAGCUAAUUACUUUUAUGAAUCAUAAACCACAAAUAAAAGUUAACAGAAGUUAAUUAUAAAAAUUAUUUUUCAUUUAAAAUCUAAAACUGUACAUUCAAAUUCUCUUUAAUCCAAGCCAGUUAUUCUCCUAAAUUCAAUAAUGAUUUUUUACAAUGUCUAAACUUUUGUCACAAGACGAUCGGGAAUUAGAAUCUGAUAAACUGGCUCUCCGCCCUCUGCGAUCCAUAUGCUGCCAUUCUUUGCAGAUCUAAUUAUAUGCAUCAUUCCAUGUGCGACGCUGUCCACUCUGAGUACAAAUGAAAAGAUUAUUUGAAUUUCAUACGAUGUAUACAGUUACUGAAUUACAGAAAACAGAAAAAAAAUUGUGGCGGAUUAUUUCGACGACGGUAAAUUAAAAUUUUCAGUUAUUUUGAAAAGUAUCAAAAGUAAUUACGUUUGUGAAGGAAAUUUUUUCAAAGCUUCUUUGUAAUCUUCCGGACUCAUGGAUGAAUUUGACAAUUUUUCAGGAACCUUUGAUAUCAAGUCCGUUUUUGUCAUACCGGGACACAUGAUCAGCAUUCUCACUCCUGUUUUCUCGUAAUGGUAUGGCAUCUGAAUAAUAGAAAUGAAAGAAAGAAGAACGUUAAAUGUGAACUCUUCGAUUUGAUUAGAAUAUUUUGUCUUACCGCAAACGCCGUGGUCAGUCCUAUAAUCCCAUGUUUUGUACCGGUGUAAACUGGAAAACAUUCAGCGGUAGGCAGAGCGCCUGGAAUCGCGGCAAUGUUUACGAUUACUCCUCCUUUACCACCUCUGUCUUUUCCCAUGUACUGCAUACCCAAAAGUGUUCCACGCACCACGGCGUUCUAGAAAAAAAUAAUAUUCUAGCAUCGUAUCGAUCGGUUGGCUGAAGUUUGACGAGUUCAGAGGUAUGCGCUCUAAUUAGUAUUUACCACAUUAACAUUGAUCAUAAGUUCCCAACGCGAAUCGUCCAUUAUUCCAGCAUUGUUGAUUAUGAUUUCCAGACCUCCAAACUCUUGGACAGUUCUCGCAAAUCCGGCUUUGUAAUGUAUCAGGAUAAAAUGAGAAUUAAAUAUCUUGUGAAAUAUUA